AUGGAUAUAAACUCUGUAGUUUCGGAAAUAAGCCGUCCCAAGGCACAAAAUGACACUCCAGUAACAAGUAAACGUAGUAAGUCUUCAAAGAAAAAAACUCCUGCUAAACGUGCUACUGUUUAUUUUGAGGUGGAGAUCCUGGAUGCCAAGACACGGGAGAAGCUAUGCUUCCUGGACAAGGUGGAGCCCAAUGCUACCAUUGCAGACAUAAAGAACUUGUUCACCAAAUCUCAUCCUGAGUGGUACCCAGCCAGGCAGUCAUUGCGUUUGGACCCUAAGGGAAGAUCUCUAAAAGAUGAGGACAUUCUGCAAAACUUGCCAGUGGGAACAACAGCAACUCUGUACUUUAGAGACCUGGGAGCACAGAUCAGCUGGGUCACUGUAUUCCUGACAGAGUAUGCUGGACCUCUUAUCAUCUAUUUACUUUUCUACUUCCGUGUCCCCUUUAUAUAUGGUCCCAAAUAUGACUUCAUCACAAGCCGGCACUCCGUUGUUCACCUAGCCUGUAUCUGCCAUUCAUUUCACUACAUAAAACGUCUGCUGGAAACUCUGUUUGUACAUCGGUUUUCUCACGGUACAAUGCCGCUGCGGAACAUCUUUAAGAACUGUAUGUAUUACUGGGGCUUUGCUGCUUGGAUGGCAUACUACAUCAAUCACCCCCUGUAUACACCUCCAAUAUAUGGGGAUGAACAGGUGAAACUUGCUGUCACCAUAUUUCUGUUUUGUCAGUUGGGUAACUUCUCCAUACACAUCGCUCUGAGGAACCUGAGGCCAGCUGGUUCAAAGACGCGGAAAAUUCCCUUCCCGACCCGUAACCCCUUCACAUGGCUCUUCCUGCUGGUGUCUUGCCCCAACUACACAUAUGAGGUGGGCUCCUGGAUUGGAUUUGCCAUAAUGACUCAGUGUGUACCUGUGGCGCUAUUCAGCUUGGUUGGAUUCAUCCAGAUGACAAUUUGGGCCAAAGGAAAGCACCGCAGCUAUCUGAAGGAGUUCAAAGACUACCCACCUCUCCGGUCACCCAUAGUCCCUUUCAUCCUGUGA